CUAAUGUAAUCGAUGUUUCUCAACCGCUGCUACUGUUUGUCACGUUGCUGGAAUUUAAUCUCAGGAAUAUGGCCAAAACCAGUGGAACUGUGGAUGCAGUGAAGGAAUACCUUACCGAUCUCGUAGUGCCCCAUCAUCGCUGCAAUGUCAACAUCAUACCUGAUCACAUUACCAUGCUGCACGGCACCAAGAGCAAAAAGCAGCUCAGCCGCAAGCGUCGCGCCCACAAAUCCAACACGCUGACCAGGAAACAAUACGCUGAACUGGGCCUGAAUACGCUUCCUAGGAAACAGUUGCGCUACGAACAGAUGCUGCCACUGCACAAACUGUGGCGAGGCUAUAUACGCGAGCAUCUGGAUCUUGAAGAGGGCGACGAGGUGCCGCAAGUGCAUGAGAAGCGCUACGAUGAAUUUAGCAAACAGUUGGUCAAGAUGGAUUUGCAUGGCGCCAAGCUGCGUGUGCUGCAGUCCAAGUGUCAAACACUAGUCGGAUUGAAUGGUAUAUGUGUGAUGGACACAAAGAAUGUGCUAAAGCUGCUGGGUGAGGAUCAUGUGGUACGAACGGUGCCCAAAAGCGAAUGCGUCUUUGGCCUCAAUGUGGGCAACAUGGAGUUCACCAUCUUUGGACAGCAUCUGACAAUGCGACCAGCUGAGCGCAGCGUCAAGAAAAUCAAGAAUUACGUGGAGCCCUUCAUGUAGCAAAGUCUCGAGGGAGUAAUUUAUAAGAUGUUUAUUAAGUUUGCUAGAAAUAUAGUUCCUAACUGUAAGAAAAUAAAUUCGAAGAGGUCUGAGUAUUGUUUCUGAAAUAAACUAACGAAAUAUUGUUCACAAGAUUCACAUUGCCAACUCCUAUCUCAGAGAUCAGCCUAUUGUAUGAACAGUCAGAAAAACAUGUUUGUAUAGAUCGUAUGUCCUUUUAUGGCUUAUAAAGUCUUGGUCUUAACACGCAUUUAUCUAACUUCAAUAAUAAGUCUUGUUUACUUUAUAAAAUCGCCGAU